AUGCCUACCUUCCACAGGCCGUUGCGGACCAUCACACGAGGUUGCGGAAUCCGCGCACUCAUCGCAUCGCAACGCACUAUCUGUCCAUGUCCUGUCUGUAUCCAUCCGUCCUCACUGGGCCAGUUGCAUAUCAGUUCCCAUACACGAGGCCGCGUACCAUUACUUACAUGUAUCUCCUUCCGACUUCGCUUGCAUAUGCGCCCGCUUAUACGGUUCCGGUUUCUUACGGACUCUGUUAUAUACUACGUCGCAGACUCGUACGGACCUCACUUUCCUACAUUCCCUCUCUCUGGUUUUGAGUUCCUUUGCAAGGCGGUUUCUGCACAUCUUCGCAUAUACCUGGUACCUAGUUCGCUCUACCCGAUUACCUGUUCCGAUACCUGGUACCCUACCCGUUUCGCAUACCUGGUACCCUACCCGUUCGCAUACCUGGUACCCUCUAGACAUUCACUCGUUUCUCCGCAUCCGCAUACCUCGCAUCUCCGCAUCCGCAUACCUCGCAUCUCCGCAUCUGCAUACCUCACAUCUCCGCGCAUUCUCGCAUCUUCGCAUCUCCUCACAUACCUAGCUGUUCUGUCUUCAGCGCAUCACUUCCUUCUUCACUGUUCCCCUCGCUCAUACUUGAGGAACUGCUCUCAGAGCUAUCCCCUUGGGUUGACUACUAUUCUCGCACCCAGCAGGAUCGAUGGCGGAAUCUUCUCUCCAUCAAUAUCGAGAGGCCUAUAUGGUAUCAUUGAUAUGAAGGCGAAGUUGCAGUCAGGCGGGGCGGUUAUUGUAGAGGAAGGUGAAGAUGGCAUUUCCAUUGAGCAGUUUGGUGCAGUAAGGACGUGUUCUACCAUUAGCCGCCCAGCUUGCUUUGCCGGCAUCACGCCUGUCAGCCCAGCCAGCAACCCGAAGUUCAACCUGGCGCUAUGA